AUGAUUGUGACAGAGGGCACAGAGCUUGUAUUUACGGGCAUUCAGAGACGGCCCGAUGCUAUGCACAGCGAUAACCUUAACCGAGACAGCCCUUUCGAGGUACUUCAGAAUCAACCCAAUUUUAAGCUUAAACAAGUGGUCGAGGAUGCAGAGCUGCCUGAUUAUCACCCUGAGGCAUCGGUCGACUACAUCCUGCGAACCAUUCUGGACGCUGAGAACUUCUCUAAGCAUGGAACCAAGGGCGCCUUCAACGUCUUGGGCGACCGUCAUUUCAAUAUCUUCAUUGAGUCUAGCCACUCGCUGUCUUCUGAGACUCGAUGUGUAAUCUUGUUGGUGGCCACUGUCUUGUUGAUCGUGGCGCAGGCCAAGGACUGUGACAUGACGUUUUACUUCACGAGCUACCCGAACAAGAAGAGCAAGAAUCUUUCCGAGAUUGACCGCCGACAUCUUAAGGACCUAAGCAACUUGUGGAAGACCCAGAGCUGGCAGGAGGCUCUCGGGAUGGUGCGAUACACGCAGUCUUUCCAGGACAAGUUGGGGAUCCAGGACUGGUCCUUAAACUCUACAGCCUUCACCUACAAGAGGGCAAUGGGGCAGUACACUCGUCUCCAGGAACUGUACCAAAAGGACCCAUUAUAA